CCACCGAACACCACCCAUACACACACACACACACUCACUCACGCCCCCCCUGUACGCACCUCUUCCAUCUAUCCAUACUUGUACUCACACUCCACAAGCAGCUGCCGGACACGAGGUAGUGUGGCAGGUGGUAGAUUCUUCCCUCGUGCGCCUCGGUCCUUUCCCCCCCCCUGCUUUGCUUCCAUCACCCACACCAGCCUCGUCAACCUCUUCCCUCUUACGCCAUUGAGCCACGCCUUCGGACCCCUCCCCCGCGGCUCACCCUCGCGCCAGAAGCAGAUUCCAUCAGCACCUUGAGCAUUCACCGCUUUCGUUGUAUGACUUGAGACGACCACAGGGCCCACCCAACAUCACCAACCACUUCGUCCACGCGCCCAGCCCGCUUUCCGCCGCGCCGCCCUGCGCCCCCGGAAGCUAUGACCACCUCACCACCGCGUCUCGAUCAAUCGGGCGUGGUGGCAUCGAACACGGACAAUGGUCGCGAUACCCUGCAAUCGAAUCGCAAGAAGGAUGCAGGCGCCACUGGCUCCGAAGGCGAGACUCCACGUCACCCCAACUCGGAUGACAGCAUCUCUGCAUACAUUCAUGCAACCUCGUCCCCGCUCGAAGGACAGACCAAGGCUCGCUCAUCUGAUGGUCGCUCAGUCUCGAGCAUCGACAGCUUAGCAGAUGUGAGGGCAGGCAGAAUAGCCUCCUCACCCCUGGCGCCUCGAGACGUCAACGCGGCAGCCACCAUGGCCUCCCGCGACGCGACACCUCUUCUCCGGACUCCACGCCGGCCAGAAGAAGCCUUCGGAGAGGACGAUGAUGUAGCAGCUGCGUCCGGUAUGCUCAGCUUACGAGCCUCCCAAAGCACGCCUUCUGGACUGUCUGGCUCGAUGGCAAGGCUACCGUGGACAGACACCUUCGCCUCGCCAAAAGCACAUCAGCGGAUAGCAGGAGCCUCACAAUUCGUUGUCCACUGCGACGACGAGAGAGAAACAAACGAAGAGUCGACUGCCAGAGCAUUCCGGCUGCUUAGAGACGGAGCUCAACACGAUGCGGUCUUGUUCACAAAUGGGCUGUCGCAGCCCUCUCUCGCCUUCUCUCAGCCUGAGCCCGCCCAAUUGCAAAGUCCGAAUUGGCAGGCCUCAAGUAGUCACGCGAAUGACCAAGAAGAAGAGGAGGAGGAGGAGGCAGCUCGCGACGCAGUCAUUGACCAAGCUGAGACCUCGACCGACACAACUCGCGUGGACACCACAGCCGACGCGUCGCAGGCAUCUGAAACGACGCUACCCCUCGAUCACCAAGGGCCAGAUGGUGAAGACGCAUCGGGCAAGAAGCGGCGGCGGCGUACGAAGAAAGAAGAAGCAGACGUUCUGGCUGCCAUCUACGUCAAGACUGCUUUUCCCGAUUCGGUUACGCGACAACGGCUUGCGGAUCAACUUGGCAUGACAACUAGAGCCGUCUCCAUCUGGUUCCAGAACCGCAGACAGGCAGAGCGGAAACGCGCCAGUCGCUUUGGCUCUAGCGAAGGCGCAGCCGUCUUGUCUCCUAGUGCAGCCACGUCAGCUCACCCUCGUUCUGUUUCCGACAACGUCACAUCGAUCAUCGCUGCCGCAGCUGCUGCCGCACCCGACUCUAAAGUACAGCGAUGGCCUCCGUCUCUGGACGACGUCGCCUCUGCCCAGAGGAAGUCGCCAGAGAGUGACGACGGACGGGCUCAAUUGGCUUCCAGCCUAGCCAAAAGUACCGCGCGCUCAGAUUCUUUGGUGCCAAUGUCGCCUCCCACGACUGAUGAGGAGACUGAAGAAGACAAGGAGAACCGCCCAGUGGUAGCGAGUCUGCAAAUUUCGGAUGCACCUGCUGCACCCCUUGCGAAAGGCAAGCCCCGCCAGGUGUUGAGGGAUAUUCGAGAUCUCGUGUUCGGCAAUGAUUCGCUUCCGCCGAUAUCACCGCCUGACAGUUGUCACGAGGACGAGCAGCCAGAUGUCGGAAGCUACGCAAAGGUCACCGCCAACGCGUCAACGUCGCCCUCCGACCGGCCACGUACUUUGGGUCGAAGUGUCAGCGCAAAUGGCGUCCAAAGCAGCAGACCUAGCAUGGAUCAAGUCAUCACUCGCUCGUCUUCGACUACUGCCAUCGAGAAGGCCUACCGUCGCCACGUCCACUCUUCUGCGCGGAGAUUCAAGUCUUUGUGCACCUCCAAAGGCGGUCGUGCCUGCAUCGAUGGCGUACUGUCGCCUCCUCGCAAGCGUCCCUUCAUCAAGUCACUGUCAAUGAGCACGUGUCUGCCUCCUGUCUUGGCCAGACUCAUCUCGACGCAUAACGAUGACCAGCCGCGCCAGCAAAAGACCUGCGAAGUGGAAGACUUGGCUUCAUUGGAGGAAGCCGCGCAGCGCGACCGCAAUAGCCGUGAGAUCCUAGCCAAGAUGACAAGCAGCUCGAGUGGUACUUCAUCUGACGUUCGUCAGGACACAUCGACUGUCGAUCUGCUUGAAGAAGACGAGGAGCGCACGCUUCGUCUUGCAGCCAAUCGACGACUGGCCAAAGCCCAAGCAAAAGGGGAGGAGUGCUUCCCGCCAAAGUCGAAUGCUCUCAGCGACAUGACGGCUCGACCUUGGGCUCGCUCUGUUUCUGGCCCAGCUUCGCAGGGAAGGAGGUCGAUGCCUUCCUUAGAUAUGGCUGCGAGCAGGGACCGCUCCAAGCCUAAUCCCCACACGCUGAUACCACGCUUACCAUUCGCUCACGUAUCCCGCCAUGGAACGCCGUCCUCAGCUGGCGUUGCGGCUGCGCCAGACAAGGCACUUGCUCAAAGGACAGCGUCAGUAGAAAACAAGGUGCACAAGCGCAAAUCUGGCGACGAGAACGAGCUGCGAAGCCAUGCAAACAAGAAGAAAGGCAGACGCAGUAGCCGCGUCGAGACCUCGACCGAAGUCCCACGUGAAGAUCAGGAGAAUAUAGCCCCCACGGAGCAUCGCGAGAGCAUCAGCGAUGCCAAUGGCUUGUCGACAUUCGGCACCCCUCGUUCGGGUCUCGUCAACAAGCGCGCCUUUGGUCGCUCUGUGUCAGCUCAAUCCGCCAGUGCGCACGACGUCCACCAGACCCCGCUCACGCGGGCUGUGGCUCACCCAUCGCUGCUUUACGCAAGCACACCGCUGCCGAGCUCUAUGGCAAGCCGUCACCAGCACCAGGGUGCGCCCGCUUCGCUUGGUAGCCGAUCUGGCACCAUGAACGCCCCCUCUCUCUCCGCAGAUGCAGGCUCCGGGGGACGAGAGAUGACUCCACGAAGCCUGGCCUUCACCCUGGGCUUGACACAUGCCGGUGGCUACGGAGGUGGCGGACAAACGCCGUAUGGUGCUGCUCUGCAGACACCGUUCGGUGGCGGCUCAGCAGGAUCGUCAAUUUACGCGAGUCGAUACCUGCCCUCGAGCUCAAGGGACAUUAGGGGAUCUCAAUCCAACAGCAACAAAGUCACGCAGCGUCCUGCAUCGACCUGGAGUCCCAUUGGCAAAGGCGGAAACGAAGCAUCGAUGCUGGGAGCGACACCCAGUCUGCGAGGCGAUAAGCGUCGGGGAGCGGAGGGUGGCAAAGAUGCGAAAGAGAACAAUUUCCGAAGCGCUGAAGGCGCUUCACAAAGGGUACCCUUUGCAAAGAUCAAGUCGCAGCCCACUCGCCCUCCCCCUCCCACGUUCAAUGCUGCAGCGUUGGCGAGUGAGAAGAGCCGAGGAGCGCUACCUUCUCUUGCUUCCCUCUCCAGCGAGGAUGCAUCAGACGCAAGCAUGGCUGCUCCCGCCCUGCGCAGGUCCUCCCGAAGCAGCCCUCGCAAGGGCAGCAGCGCCCUUCCCCCUCAGACGCCCACGACAAGCGCAUACCGCAACAAAGCGCCUGCCUGGUCCAAUGCAGACGACUCUGGUUUCGUUGACGGUGACGCGGAGCUGGAUGAACUCAUCGAGGAGGAAGGUGGGAUGACCAUGGAGUCGAAAGCUUCCAAGGGCGCGGGCUUCCGCGGUCGAGCUCUCGGUGGUGUCGAAAGUCCUACGAAGGUGCAACAGCGCCAGCGACAGGAGGAUGCGGCUCAGGUUCUCCUGGGUCUGGCAGGGGAAGGAAGGUGAUGACAAGGCACGAAUUAGAAGGGAGAAAGUCAAAGGUGAAAAAAGGAGGAAGAAAAGCAGGCAAGGAGUGUAUAGGGUUUUAGGGAGCGAAGCGAGGCAGGAAGAAGCAUUUACCCACGUAUCGAAUCAUCUCGAGAAGUUACAUGAUCAUUGUCGCAGUUGCGCUCAUCAGGCGACCCACUCUAUCCACUCAUGUAUCCAUCUACCAUCUCGGCGUUACACACACCCUCACGCAAAACAAGGAAAUACAAGCAGGCCCUUUCUACAUUUGCUC